GUUGCUAGAGAUCAGAGCUUUGUUCUGAGACUUUGGAAACUUUGCAAUGGAAACUCAAGAAUAAACCGAGGGAAAGUCACCAAACAAUGUGACUUUGGAUGCAUCUCAUGCAUACACCGGUCCACUUAAGAUGAGAGUAACUUCAAGAAGGAAUAAUACUGUGUUUGCAUGGAUGAGGAGCGCAGGAAUGAAGAUGAUGUGGCGCUGAUGCUGUGAUUGAACAGCCGAAACACAUUAGACACAUUUAUAAUGGCUUUAAGAGUGUGGUUGAAGUUCAGACUAAAAUGUCGGUUUGUGGUGGUCUUCCUGUUUCUCUUCAGUCUAUCGGUGGUGAUGAUAUACACCCUUCCUCCCUUCCCAUCUGAGCAGAGUAGGCUGAACAUAAGGGGCCCCCGCAAUAACAAACCCAGCAGGCUGGUCGAGAAGUUGUCUCUGAGACAUUAUCUUCCAACGUCUUCAUAUGAACACAGCAAAACCUGGAAGAAUCCUGAAAUGAAAGAUUCUGCUAAACAUCUCCUUAUGGUCAACCAUCACCAACUAUCAUUUUCCUUUGGAAAAACAGCGUCAACUGAAAAGCCUGCAAAAAGUAAAGCAAACAGAAAGGAACGAUAUCUGCAGAACAUAAACAAGCAUCCAGUUACAGCAUUUGCAGCCGGUGCCAAAAGAGGGCGAGCUGUUAAACUAGGAAAUAGCAGCAACUCUGACCCAACCAUCCAUCUUCUUCGCUCCAGACAUGACCCAGCAUUCCCUCAAUCUGCCAGCAUCCAAAGCCUCCACCCAAACAACAAGACGUGCAGGCUCAAAUGCACUCCAGAUGAAGCCAAAGCAAACAGGCUUGUGGGGCAGUUCUCUGAUUCACAGCAGGUGGUAAAACUGAAACAGGCCCCUGGAGAGGCAGGAACACAUGAAAGACGAGCAGAGCCCUCUGAGAGGAAGAGGCCCAAAUUCAGAGCAAAAACCAAAGACAGUAUUCCAGAAGAGGCUGGCAUCAAGGAUUCAGCCAAUGACUGGUGUAUGAUGGUCUCUGAUGAGACUUUCAGUGAUAACUGGAACCAAACCAAAGCAGAGUCUCUACCCUGGCUCAGUGAGGAUGAUAUAAAAAAGAUGGCACUUCUCUCAAGAGGCACUGUGUUAAGCAAAGCCAGGCUUCCGGGCCAUGGACAAGUGCUUCAGGUUGAAUUUAGUGAGAAAAAAGACAUCUUUGCUCCUGCAGGGGACAAUCAUAUCACACGCUGUGAGACAGGAAGCUGUGCUCUCAUAAAACGUCCCAAUGACUGGUUUGAAGUGUUCGCCUUUCACCUGGACAGAGUUCUGGGUCUGAACAGGAGCUUGCCCGCAGUGUUGAGAACAUUCGACAGUGAGAUUCUACCGUACAAGUACACCAAUGGAUCUCCCAGACCAGUGAUAUGGUGGGAUCCCAGCAUCCAACAUCUGUCUGAUGCUGAGAACGACCAAAACUCUUUCUCACUCACUUGGCCACAAUAUCAGACUCUACUUCAGAGCAGGUGUGGUACUCGGGUACCACUGAACUUUACAACCUGUGUGGGAGUUCAUCAUUCAGAGUGGGGGAGGCUUGCCUUGUUUGACUUCCUGCUGCAGGUGAAUGACAGACUAGACCGGUCUUGCUGUGGUUUCAGACCAGACCCAUCGGAACUCUGUGUAGAAAACUUGCUUCAUGUCAAAUGUGGAAACCCAAAGGACUUAAAUCUGGUGCACAUCCUGGUUCGGAAGACAGAACCAUCCAGACUGGUUUUUAUUGACAAUGCAGGAAGACCUCAUCAACCACAAGACAACCUCAACUUCAGACUGGUUGAAGGUAUUGAUGAGUUUCCAGAGCGGGCCGUUUCAGUGCUGCAAUCAGGAUGUCUGGAGAAGAUGCUCCUUCACUCCCUGUCUGUAGAUCGGGAAUUCUGGGUGAGCAGAGGAGAGGCGCCCGGACUCAAAUCUAUCAUCCGGCACGUAGAACAAAGAGCCAAGGCCCUCCUCAAACAUAUACAAGAAAAGAAACUGCACCUUAACAGAGAUCUAUAACUCUCCAAUGAAGAGAUUCCCUAGUAUUGGAAAGAAACAAAAAAAAACAAUUCCUGAAUUCUCAGAAGACACAAAAGGUUUAUGGAAAUCCUUUUCUUUGAUUUGAAUCAUCCAGACUCAUUUAUGUCGGUGUCUGAAAGUCAGUUUUGUUGUGCUGUUUAGAAAGUCAUGCACAAUAUGCAAGACAGCUAAAAUGAGAGGAGGCAGUGUAUUUGCAUGGAUUUUUGAGUCGAUUUCCCUAAUCAGGGUUGACAAUCCUUGAACUGUGAUUAAGUGAUGCUCAGAGUGUCUGAGAGAAGACAUUCCAGAUGGUCAUUUGCAAAGCAGGACUCACACAGAGGCCCAUCACUGUGAAGAGACUUACGCUAUGUCCUUACCAGACGCGAUGCAAUAAGAUUUCAACAACAAGUAAUUUGUCUUUCUAUGCUGAAUGUUAAUGUGCUGUCGACAGCACACAGUUACAGCCAAUUAAAAGAUAUUUAAUAUUUAAUAUACAGAGUGGGAUCUUGGUCUAAUGAUAUUUCAUAGUGGGUGAAUUGUCACACAAUUAGACACUAAAUAAUCAACAAAAUCUGUCACUUAUUUGUUUUGUGGUCACAACUGCAUUGGACAAAACCAGCAUUUACAUGAAAGAAUUUAAGCUUUGUAUGUCAAGUCUUUCUGUGGUGCAUUCAGGAAAGGUAACUGCAGCUGUGAAUUAGAUAUGAAGCUAAGCUAAUGAAGCUUUAAACUAUUUUUCUUGUACAGUGUCCUUGAAAUGACAAAACAAGAGAAUUGUGGUGUACAAGCUAAAUCUUUAAUGAAGGCUGCUAUACUAGAAUAGAUGCUGAGGACUAUGAAACUGUGGUGUGGAGUGAAACUGAGCCCUCUCCAUGUUACUCCUGCUGGGCUCCUACUGGGCACUCGGUGCCCAAAGGCACAGUUAUGCAUGAAAUUGCUGAGUCUGUAUUUGUGGUGUCAUAUGUAGAGUUGUCAUACAUGAUUAGACUUUCAUCUGUAUCUUAUAGGCCACAUACUGUACACACACUGCAGUUAAAUAUGGUUGUUACUCUCUUCUUCUGAGAAACAAUAAUUUAGAAAUGUAGUUCUAAACCUUUUUGGCUCCAAGGCCCCUAUUGUCAGUUUUUAGAUUUUAGAUUUUUUUAAAAAAUAUAUAUCUUUUGAUACCUGAUUUCUACUCAAUUAGUAUUAAAUCAUCUAUCUGAUUUACAAUCAAAUUUUUACCUGAUUUAUUUAUUUUUUUCUCAGAACUAGAAUAUAUUCAUAUAAAUCACCCAUGCAUGCAAUUAUUCAUUUGAAUAAUUUACACGACUUUUCCAGUAAAUCAGGCUACCUUAUAUAUCCAGGUUUAUCUCUAGAUAGUGGGAACCCUGCUUCUUCUUUUACAAAAAAACUAACUGAAAAAUGGAGGGGGUCAAAAUAAGAAAAAAAAAGAGAAAAAGUUGCCAUGGCUAAUUUUAAUGCUUUUUGUCAUAUUGAGGUCUUUGGAAGUUUGCUGAGACCCCUUAGUGGGCCCCGCUCCUCUGGUUGACAACUUCUGAUUUAGACAAUUCAACCAUAUUUAGGCCUAUAUGCAGUCAUUAUACUCCCAGAACUUUGUAGAGUGUACGUGGCCUUUUUGUUAAAUAAAUUGAAUUUCUGUGUUUUUAUUUUUAUUUUUUUUUAUGCAUAAUUAAAAAGUCAUUAUUUUUGGAAAUGUAUGAUUGCAACUUUGGAACAUUGAGUGUUCUACUUAUUACUUGCUGAAUUUGGAAUUUUCUCUUUAAUAAAUGUGCUCAUCUAAAAUUUAUUUCAAGUCGAAAACCUCAAUCAAAUGAAGAAUUACAAGUAUCUGACAGCUUUUUUAUUUUUCAUAAAUCAAUGGUCAAAUCACAUUUUGCGAGUUUGCACUUUUGAGUUUGUCUUUGUUCGAACACAAAUGCAAACUUGCAAAAUGCAGACAUCAUGUCCUGAAAUCAAAUGAACAAAGAGAAGAAGAGUUUAGAGUGGCUAUAUCGAGCCCAUCUGCUCAUGAGUUGAUCUUGUCACUUCCUGUAAGCCUCAUACUGAUCACACAUUUGGAGAUUAGGAGCAUGCCGAGGGAGAAAAAUAAAUGAUAUCAGCGAAACAUUAAAUCUCCCUUUCAUCCAGUUUAAAUUCCCACAGGUCUCAUUUACAUUUGCCUAAUGUGGGCCAGAGAUUUCACUUCAAAGUACUUUGACUGCUUAGGAAGGGAGUUCACCAAAUAGUUUUGUAACCCCCUUGAACAUAAAACUUGUUUUGCAUAAAUGCUGAAUGCACAGAUACUUUAUAUCCUUGAUGAACUGUAUAAUAUUUAAAAACUGCAGUAAAUUUUAGUAUGUUGUUGUU